AUGAGUUACGAAAAGUUUCGUCGUACUGGUGAAUUAUCUAACAUAACGGUGGUUGUCAAUUCAACGGAAUUUAAACUUCACACAUUUCCAUUGUUUACUAAAAGUGAUUAUUUUAAAAAAGCUGUUGCAUCGUCAAGUUCGCAACCUUAUGUUGUUCAAUUAAAUGAUUUUCCAGGCGGUGUUGAUGUUUUCAAUCAACUCGCCGAUUAUUUUUAUUCCAUUCCGAUUUCCAUCGAUCAUAAAAACAUCGUUCCACUGCGCGCAGCGGCCUGUUUCGUUGAAUGUGAGACAUUGGGUGCAUUGCUUGACGAACGUUUCGAUAAAAUACUUUCCGUUGCACGAAUUAAAUACGAUCUAGGAAUUCCAUUAGUCUUACUCGAACAAUGCAUCGGCCAAUGUCAACAAUGGGCGAAACAAGCCCAUAUUGUCGACAAAUGUCUACAAGCGAUCUAUGAAUCGUUAUCAUUCGGAGCUGGUUCACAAUUAACUAAAUCAGAUCGAGAAAUUAUCAGUCGUUUACCGCUUGAAUGGAUCAUUGAAUUGAUUAAAUUAUGUCCAGGUGACAAUAAGAGUGCAGUUCUUCCAUUUGCAAAACAUUAUAUCAAUGCGAAUGUUUUGGAUCAAGCUUCAACUCAGAAUCAUCCACCAUCUUCCACAACAAUGACUGCCGCAACACCAGCAGCAGAAACAACAACAACAACAACAGCAACAACUGACCAAGCAAGCGAACAUCAAAGUGCAUUCACACCAGUUGCACGAAAGGAAGAUGUACCAAGUAAAACUGCCGACGAAAAACGAGCAAUACUCGAUCAAAUUGUCAAAGAAUUAGGUAAUGCCUUAGAACAAUUACCAUUAUCAUGGCAUAAUUCGGUUUAUGAAAAAGCUGUUGAAUUGAAAUGUGAAUGUGAACCGAUAUUAUCAUCGUUCAUUACUCAAUCAUUUUUAAAUUCAUCCGACAUCGAAGAUAAUAUGGAAAAUAUAUCCGAUGAUGUUAUGACAAGAUUGCUGGAACGCGUUAGUAAACAUAAAGACGAACACACAAAAGAUCCACAAUUAUUAGCGAAAUUAUCAAUAUUGAUCGAUUCGUACGUUGAACAACUUCGUCAACGUGGAACGUUGACCAGCGAACAAUUUGUCAAAUUAGCAACGUGUAUACCAAAAGAUCAGCGUACUUCACAUGACAGUCUUCUCCUUGCACUUGAUGAUAUUCUGAAAAAUGAAAAAUCGACACAAAUGAGUAAUGCAGAACGAGAAGAAUUACUUAAUCAAAUAGAUUUUUCACGUGUAACGGAAGAAACCAUUGCUGCAUGUAAAAAUAAUCAACUGAUUCCUCAACAAGUUAUCACUGAAGCAGCACUAUCACUUUGCGCCAAAUUAAGAAAUCAACUGGAAGAAGCUCAAACACGUUUAAGAUCAGCUGAACAUGAAUUAGCAAGAACUCGACCAUCCUAUACCAGUUCUAGUUAUCGAACACGUACCUAUGAUGUUUCGUCACGUCUUCCCACUCGCACUCGUACUGCCUAUACUAGUAGUUAUGAAUUGCCGCUAAGCACUUCUCUUUAUAGUACAAAAUAUGAUAGCGAUAGUGACAUAGAACAUGUCCUACCGUCGAGAUACAUUGCAUCGACGAAUUUAACUGGUCGAUAUGGAAUCUACUCAAGUUAUCGCUAUUGA